AUGUCCUUGCUGCUCGAUCGCAUUCGAGCUACCCAAACUCCAGGUUGCCGUGCCAUCACUUCAAGAACGCCGUCAACUCAGAGUCCACCCAGCCUGAAAGAGAUGACCCUUUUCUCCUCGACACAUUGUGACACAAGGUCCCCUUGUUUCAUCAUAUUACUAUCCUCAGCAGACACUGUCUCUACCAGGGCGAAUCACGCCUCUGCCUCUGGCGACCUGUCUGAGAAUAGGCAAAAAAAGAAACGAUUUAUUAAUGGGUUGCCCACUUGGGCCGGCGCAGGUGGCUGGCCAGCUAGUUAUUCCCGGCGUAUAAGCAGGGAAUUAUCCCCAAUCGCAUUGCCUUUCUGGUUGUACGCCGCACAAUUCUUCUGCGCGUCGUGUCGUUUUCCGCAUCUCUUACGCAUCUGUGUCGCCCACUCUUUUUUUUUCUCUUCAAAAAUAUCCUUAUCUGUGCAAAACUACCACUCUCUUGCUUUAUUCUCUCUGUCGGCACUUGCACAGGUUGGUGCUCGUACCAGCGGUCGCGCCUCAGCUGUCCGCGCAGCAGCACUGCACCGUUUCGCAAUCGUGCUUAGUGUCGAUUUCUUCAUUUUGUUCUUGAUGCGUGUAUUUCGUACCGAGGGCCAAUCUGUGUUUUUCUUCAUCUCUAGCGCCUUGCUUUCGGUGCCGUUUCGCUCGCGUGGCGUCGUGCCGCCGUUCGCCUUGCCGUCGUCUCGCUGCCGCUUGCGAGACUGCAAUAAUGCUCGUCUUCCCAUUUAUUCAUUGUUGCCCGACUUGACUCCAUUACCUGAUCAGAGGUUGGCACUCGUCCAAACAACCUGGCAGCUGCCACGACCGGCGAUUCACAACCGCCGUGCAAACGAUAACGAUAAGUGGUCAAGUCCCUUCAAGAGCUCUCGGCUAGCUCUGGCCGGCAUCUGUCGUCUCUGCUUCUCUCUUUCUGCAUUGCAGCCAUCGCCGUUUCGUGCAAGCGAAGCUAGUCUCCUUUGCUUUUGCAUCCUUAACACCUUCCGCCUCAGUUACGACGCUCGUGACUACCUCGACACAGCUGGCCCUUUCAUCUUUAGAUUCCCAUUCAUCUUGCUUGAUAGCUUCCCCAUCUUAUCCAAUUUGCAGUUAUCUCUGCCGGUCCCCAACUCCGCACCUCCAGCUAAAACACGACUUUUCCUCCGCUUCCACGAAAAGGUGCCGUCCCUCAGAAUCCUUUCACCUCCCCCUGUCGUUUCAGCCUUCUCUGGAUGCUCUCCCCUCGACAUCGGCAUGGACGCAAAUUCUGCAGUUGCUGCUUCGUAUCUACCAAGUCACGGACGCGGCGGCCAUCCUUCUCAUAUCACUGCUCACGGAGGUGACCCCAACGCCCUGAUAAAUCAAUUUGCCAAUAUGGGUCUCGGUGGCAUGAACAUGCCUAGUGGCGCUGGUCCUGUUCCCAUGGGUCCCGGCCAUGCCUUCAUGAUGGGCUCAGAUGGACAAUUUGUUCUGGCACCAAUGCCUAGUGCUGGUCAACAUCUCGGCAUGGGUCACAACAACGAUGCACACUACCAGAGCUUCUCAAUGCCGCAUGGCGGCUACGCUGCACCAUAUGUCGGUGUCCCUCUCCCCCUCAUGCCCUAUACUCCUGGACGCGUCAACCACGGGCACCAUCGCAUGGAUAGAGGCCACUCGGAUGUACCUGGACUCGAAAACCGUCGGGGCUCUUACUCUACUACCGAGUCGACUCCCGCAACUCCAUUCUAUGGUGCCGUAUCCCAUCGCGACAAUGGUCCCCGCGUCGCCAGCCUUGACCGUUCUGCAUAUACAACCCCCUCCCCUCAGCAAAUUGGCCUUCCUACAAUGCAUUCCGAUGGCCCAAAGGCGACUUUCUCUGCCGUUUCGGAAGCCGCUCUUGAUGAGCUUCUCAAGAAAGAGCCCGCUAUCCCCAAGGCCGUUCCUGCCGUUUUCACCCCAGCAAACCAGAUGAAAUCUAUCGAGCAGAGUCUCGACAACAGAAUCCCUGGUAACCGAAAUGUCUAUAUUCGUGGUCUACAUCCAACCACAGAUGAUGAGCUUUUGUUCCAUUUUGCGUCGCGUUUCGGCGGUGUCGAAACUUCCAAGGCCAUCAUUGACACCGGCACUGGGGCUUGCAAAGGAUUUGGUUUCGCCAAGUUUUUCACCUGCGAAGACUCCGAAAUGUGCAUCCGAGGCUUCCACAAGCUUGGAUACGAAGUGGGCUUCGCUAGAGAAUCCUUCAACUCUCGCCUCAAGGCCGAAGGCGAUGAGGGGUCCACCAACCUGUACAUCUCCAACCUACCCAAGACUCUGACCGAAGUGGAGCUUGGAACCAUCUUCCUUGGCUAUACCAUUCUUUCCAGCAAGAUUCUACGAGACAGUAUGGGUAACAGUCGUGGCGUUGGGUUUGCUCGAAAAUUCAACGGCGUUGGCAUUGGCGAAGAGGGUUUGUUGAUGAAUAUCCGUUACGCCGAUACUCCAUCCCAGAAGGAGCUCAAGCGAGUCACUGCUGAGCGCCGUCAAUUCCGCACCAACGAAUACAACAUCGGUGCCUAUGGCACUCCUCUGGUUGGGCUGAACCCAACUCUAUACAACCAACAGUCGCAGUGGCGUCGCUCCAUUCCGCAGUCACGAAGUGGCUUGUCGGCAUCUUCGAGCGGCGACAGCAGUGCCAUGAGACACUCGGGUACCGGACGCGGGCCUUCUGAGGCGGCUACAAGCUCGAGCACGGACGCUGCUAUCUCUACCCCCACUACUUCCGAGUUCGAUGAGGGCACGACGAUUCACGCCGAUCAUGCCGCAGCCGCCGCUGUAAAGAAAGAGAACAUGCCGGUUUCGCCUUCCAUCGUGAAGAAGGAGCCCGUGAACUGA